GGAAGGCAUAGUUCCCAUUGGGGGGGUGUUUAGAUAUGUUCUGGAAAACUGGGGUCCUUAUUGUGGGGUGCGUUCUGCUCCCUUUCUGUCUUCUGGGCGCGGAGAGCAGCGGCCGGUGGGGGAAAUCGGUGACUUUCCAUCGGACUCGGGGCAAAAACCGCCCCGAAAGGGAAACCAGCAGCUCAUCCAACACUGGGAACUCUUCUCAGGGUCAUGCUUUCACCUCCUGUCGCAUCCCACUCACCCCGGCCGAACACGAGGUUCUGGAUGACAACACACAUGAGACAGGGUUUAAUGGCGAUGAUGGCUCCUACGUGAUUCUCACAUGGGUGGGCGACGGCACAGGAGUGAUUCUGGUGUUGUCAACAAUCAGCUCUCCGCUUGAUUCUUUUCUCGAAGGAGGCUCGUCACGACUUUACAGGAGUACCGAUUACGGCAAGUCCUUUCAUGACAUCUCCCAGAGCAUCAACCACACCUUCAUCAAAGAGGAGUUUGGAGUCAGUGUUGGACCAGGAAGCUCAGUGAUACUGACUGCAGACACGCCUGUUUUUGGCAAUCCAGGUGGGAUCAUCUUCACCUCCACAGAUGCCGGGGCAACGUUCAGAUUCAUACAGCUGCCCUUCCACCUGGCUCAGCCGAUCACGUACCACUUCCUCAACCCCGACUAUCUGGUGGCCCUCAGCAUUGACGGCGGUCUUUGGCUCUCUCUGGACUUUGGUGCCAAGUGGACAAAAGUUCAUGAUGGAGUGCAUUCUUUCUCAUGGGGUGCAGGCAUAAAUUUGUUCUUCAGUUGCAGCCAAGUAGAUGCAGUUGAGGCAGAAGAGCGAGGAGAUUUACUGCUGAAGAGGACAAAGGAUCUGGGUAGAACCUUCACCAUCAUCCAUGAGGACAUCUACAGUUUUGGCUACAUCGGAGCUUUUCUCUUCUUCUCUGUGAUGGAGGACUCGAGGUCUCCUCGUGUCAUGUACUUCUCAUCAGACCAGGGAGAUUCGUUCAGUCAAGCCCUCCUGCCUUCUGCUUCCACUGAGCAGUUUUACUCCAUCCUGGACGGGGAUGAGGACAUGCUCUUCAUGCAUGUGGACAACCCAGGAGACACCUACUUUGGGACCAUGUACACUUCAGACGACCGAGGCAUCUUGUUCUCCAAGUCACUGGAGCGCCACCUGUUUGAUGGACAGAGGAAGAGUGACUUCACCAACAUCACAUCACUGAGAGGUGUCUAUCUCACCAACAAACUGGACGUUGAUGGCCAUGUACGAUCUGUCAUUUCCUUUAAUAGAGGAGGAACAUGGAGGCAACUCAACAAACCUGACAAUGUAAACUGUGGAGACCAUGUCAAGAAGUGCAACCUUCAUAUUCACGGAGAACACAGUCGUAAUAACAGGAUAGUACCUAUGCUGGCUCUGUCUGAACCAACUGCCAUUGGUCUUGUUAUCGCUCACGGCACUGUAGGAGAUUCUUUGUCCUCAUCUCAACACCCAGAUGUGUUCGUUUCCUCUGAUGGGGGGUAUAACUGGAGGGGGACAUUAAGGGGCCCUCACCACUACAGCCUAUUGGACUCUGGGGGUCUCCUUGUGGCUGUGGAGGCCCACCAUAAAGGACAAGUCAAGACCAUCAAGUUCUCCACUGAUGAAGGCCAGUGCUGGAAGUUGUAUAACUUCACCGAGCAGUCGUUCUUCUUCGCCGGCCUGGCGUCUGAGCCUGGCACCAAGGCCAUGAGCGUCAGCGUGUGGGGCUUCCGUCCAGAGGAAGACGGACAGCCCAUGUGGGUGGCCGUCACCAUCGACUUCCAGAGCCUCAUUACCAGACAGUGUAAUGCUCGAGACUAUGAAGAGUGGCUAGCUCAUUCCACAGGAGGAGAUUCGGAGAGAAACGGCUGCGUCCUUGGAUUGAAGGAGACUUACAGGAGGCUAAAGAAGCAGUCCUUCUGCAGAAAUGGCAGGAACUUUGCAGUGAGCAAGAAGCAGAGCCCCUGCUCAUGCACCAGGGAGGACUACAUAUGUGACUAUGGUUACUAUCGUCAUGUGAACACCUCGGAGUGCGUGAGACAACCGGUCGCUGCAAAUAAAACCCUUGACGCCUGUCUGAAUGGAGAGGAGGAUGAGCUUCUGACUGCAGGGUACCGAAAGGUUCCAAGUGACAGGUGUGAGGGGGGGUUCACACCUCAUCUCCAAGUCCCGACAGUUAUUCAACCGUGUGGGGUUAAACCCAGCUCUGAACCUCCUGGCAAGACAACAUCUUCAGUCACACACUUUGACACACUGACAGAAAGGCUGGUCCUGAUCCUCGUGUGUGCAGGUGCAGCACUUAUCAUCCUGCUAGUCAUCGUCUCUGCAGUUCUUGCAGUCAGGAGAGUGGCUGACAGAACCAGGACCCCUGCAUAUAGUUUCUCCAACCUGCGCCUUCAGGAAGACACUAACGGCAUCACAGCUGAGUUUGAAAGUAUCGCCAGCAGUAACGGUACAGCCUGCCAUCAGGAUUCAGAUGAAGAUCUUCUUCAUUACCAUUCGACAAAUUUUCAAGGAAUUGCUAACACUACAGGCCAAGGGUGUUAA